UUAAUAACACCACAGUCGUCGUUGAUAGGUAUAUGCACUCUUCAGCUGCUGUCGAGGAGCCAAAAAAAAAAACGAUAUUUUUUUAUCGUUAGUAUUGGCGUACAAUUUUUGUUUUUAAAAAACUGUAAUAAUACGAAUCAAGCCUCUCUCGUUUUAUCGUUUCGAACCGACCCGAAACUAUUCGCGACGAUCAAAACGAUUGGUAUCGUUUUUUUUUUUACCAGCAUUAUCUAGUUGUUGUGCGUGCAAAACGAUGGAGCGGUGCUACGUCUCGCGGCUUUCGGAUAGAUCAAUUAUUUAGAUCGUUUAGUGUUUGAAUCUACAACGACCGAUCCAGGAUUCAAAUGAUCCGUUCACGUCCUACUUGUUCGACGGCACGUUAACCAGGGUGAUAUGGCUGAGGAUGUUUCAGAAAACAAAGAUUGGGCACCUUCAAAAUCGGGCCAAAACCGAGAAUCAAGAGCAAGCAGUGGUCCCAGGUCGCUGUUCAUACGCAGGUCAGAAAAUGGGUUUGGCUUUACGUUGCGGCACUUCAUCGUCUAUCCGCCCGAAUCGUAUCUGGUACUGGCCGGAGACGAACGGUUGGGUUUGCGGCGAGGCGCUUGCGUUCGUCCAGACGAACCUAUGGACACAAUCUUCGUGAAGCAAGUCAAAGAUAACGGUCCAGCGAGCUUAGCGGGUCUAAACACCGGUGACCGUAUAAUCAGCGUCAACGGCGAGACCGUGGCCGGCAAGUCUUACGCACAUGUCGUUCAGCUCAUUCAACAAACACGAUGCUCUCUCUACCUGUUGGUGGUGCCCAUGGAAAAUGACAUUUUACAGUUGUAUUUCAGCGAAACCGCUCACAACCCCGAAACAAAUCAGAGGCCCGGCCGCCUGAAAGCGGCUAUGACAUCGGGCAACGAGUUGCGAUUUCACCGCGGUCGCGAUUCCAGUCCGAUUUACCAGAACCCUUGGGACCGCGGCGUAGCGGUCAAGUCGUCGUCCGCCGCUGCCCGGUUCGUCUCGCCGCACCGGACGCCGAACAGCCGCCGGUCGUCUGCGGCCGACACCCACGGCGGCAGCUACCGCAACAAGGCCAACCCCAACAGCCGGCACAGCAUGGACGUCGGCGUGGCGUGUCGCGACGCGUUGCUGGCCGCCGACAAUCACCAGUACGGCGGCCACGCCUCGUCCACGGCCGCCGCCCCCGACGAUUCCGUCAUAAUUUCCCGCAUUAAGAAGAGCCUCGAACAGAAAGAAGAGUUCCUCCGGCGGCCCGUUCAAUCGGCCAAAGAGUUUUACUCAAGGCCGCAAAAACUGUCGGCCCCGCUGUGGCCGCCGCCGGUGUCGUCGACCGGUCAACAACAAUCGCCGCCGCAGUCGGCGGCCAAGCCCGCGCCACACCAACAGCCGGUGCCGCCGGUUGCGCCCUCUAAACUCAAGAGCAAACAGUUCGUCAACACGCUGAGCAAGAUCAACGAGGACGCCGCUAAAAAACAGCAGCCCGGUUGUUGCACGGCCGCAGCCGGCGAUGCGGCGGCCGCGGAUCACCUGAAACAGGCCAACCUGCAAGUGGUGUCGAUGAGGGCCAAACAAUUCGAGAGCGGCAAAAUCGACGACAAGACCGACUUUUACAGGAGCGAGUUGGCCAGGCUGUCGUCCAAACACAAUGUUCCUAACGUUGCGGUGAGAAAAAUGGAGUACGAGCAGAAACUGUGCUCGGAAAAGAAGAAAUCCACCGCCACAGCGCCGCACCACCAACAAUACCACCAGGACGGCAGCAGCAGCAGAGACGAUUCGCUGAGUAGUUGCAGUUCCGAUAAGUCUUACGUGGACGCCUCGGCCGACGUGCCGUACCACUCGGGCAACCUCAUAGUGCCUAUAGGCAGCAAUAAAAUCCACUGCGACCCUCCUAAAGAGUUCGACCAAAGCAAAGACGAGCCGCCGGUCGCUAAAGACGAAUCGUACCGCUUCAAACCGGUAGUGCGCCAAGACUCCUACCUGGCGGCAUGUAAAAAACCCACUAUCAUAGAACGACGGAGUCAGAGGCCGAUGGUCGUGGAAAACGGCGGCAUCAGCUCGGAUAAGAAAAACCACCGUCGGUGCAUUCGUCCAACGCGACUGGAACUGCCCAAGGAUAGGCCGGUCGAUUUCGCCGUGCACUCCAGUGGCUCCAGCCAAGUGUCCACCGAACCUUCGGCCGAUACAGUCGAGCAAAGCCCGUCCGAAAUAGCCGCGGCCGCCGUCAAGUUAAGAACUAACCUCAUUGACAUUAACGACGAGGAACGCACUACCCGAAGGAUAUCGUACUUGAAGGCGACGGCCUGGGGAGACCGGAUGAGCGUCGACGACUUGUCUACCACCACAGAGUCCGAAUCUGAACCAACCACCGUCUUGACCGCUAUCAAAGUGCCAAAAAAAUGGUGCGCUCCUUUAUUUCCGGGUGACAUACAAAGGUUAAGGCGACUUUUCGAAGAUGCUGCCGCAAGUUGUGACCGCGGCAAACUCGGUAGCAGCAAAAAGAGCGUCGCCGGUCCUCCUUUCCAAGACUUGGGCAACAGCCGGGUUGUCAAGGAAGGGUCGUUGCUGUGCAAAGUCAUACUGUUGGACGGGAAGAAAGCAGGAGAUAGGUCGUGGAAACCCGUGUGGGCGGUGGUGCGCGGACAAACGUUGUGCCUGUACAAAGACAAACAGCGAGAGACGGCACCGAACGUUUCCGCAGUCGAAACUCCGGCUCCGCUGGACAAAACGGACGAUGUAAACAUGUCUUGCGAUCAGAUCAAUUUGUUGACGUCCACCACGGCCGUGGCACAAGACUAUGUGAAACGCAAGCACGUCAUGAGGUUGAGUUCGGCCGAAGUGGGAUGCACCGAACUGCUGUUGCAAGCCGACGACACAUCUUCAAUGGUGCGUUGGCUCAAAGCUCUUCAAGAACAAGCCCUGGAAGCGCCGGCGUCCCUUUCCGCAGAAGAGUGUGCCAGCAUCUCACCCGGAAACACCAAAGGCAUCCGUAAGCUUGCUACAUUCAGAAACCGUUCACCCACCGGUGAUUCUCCGAUCACCAAAACUCGUAAACCCGACAGGAGCCCAAGUCAAACACAACCACAGUCACCCAAGUCGACCAACACUUGGAAAAACCGGAUGGCCAAACAGUUGAAAAAAAUUCAACAGGGAUCGGGUUCCCCGGUGUCUCCUAUAAUGCCGACUCUUCCUCCGCCACCUGGUACGACUAUUGGUAUCCCCUUAGAACUCUGCCCACCAUCUACUCAAUCGGAGUGUGUACCGUUAAUUGUCGAAGUAUGCACGUCUAUCGUCGAAGACAAGGGAUUAGAUAUCAUUGGUAUUUACAGGGUUCCUGGUAACACCGCAGCUAUUACAUCACUUACCGAAGCCGUAAACACUGGCGGUAUGGAGACUCCCGAAAUGGCCGCCAAACUUCUGCAACGAGACCCACGUUGGACUGAUGUAAAUGUCAUAUCCAGUUUGUUGAAAUCGUUUUUCCGAAGACUUCCUGAAGCGCUAUUAACCACCGAAAUGUACCCGCAUUUCAUCGAGGCGGAUAAAAUUGAUGAUCCUGUUCAACGAAUGGUCAAAUUGCGUGAACUGGUUCAUAAACUGCCGGAACAUCAUUUUGAAACGUUAAAAUAUUUGUUAAUGCACCUUAAAAAAGUUGUCCAUCACAGCGGAGUGAACAAAAUGGAAGCGCGUAAUUUGGCCAUAGUGUUUGGUCCCACACUUGUACAUUCGGCCGACAACAAUAUGGUAACCAUGGUCACAGAUAUGAGUCACCAGUGCCGUAUUGUGGAAUCACUAAUAUUACAGGCCGAUUGGUGUUACGGUAAUGGCGAUGUGGCAGAUCUCAAAGCGUCUAUACCAGAAAAUUGCGGACAGGUUCCGGAAAUCGAACAAGCCGCUCCCAACCAGAAUCUGCUCGAUAACAUCAACAAGGUUUCGGGCAACCAGUACACGCCGUUUAUUGCCAAAGAUCUGGUAACCAAUAUUGUGGCGGCAGCUAACCGAAAAAUGCAUCGGGCCACCGGAAAGAGCUCUAGUGGAUCAAGAAAAUCCCGCUCCAAUACCAGUAAUGUAGUUCUUCAAACCAGCAGCAUGCCUUCCACUUCAGACAUCAAACAAGGCAUGUCCGAUAAAGAUAAACUAAACAGUUCAAAAGCUAGUUCUGAGACCGUUUCGACGGCUAGUCUCAAUGAAUCUGAAGACAGUCUGAAUCGCCUUGGCAAUCCCAACUCGGAUUCUUCGUCUCAAAAUACAGAUUGUGGUGCUCCCAUUAAAUCAUACGUCAACCUGGCCGAGACGACUCAAGAGCGAAUACGUAGAUUCGAACAAGAAACUAAAGCAAUGCUCGAGAGAGAAAAAAGUAGGAGCCAAAGGCGAAGAGAGUACUUUGGAGUUGACGAGCCUGUGAUGCAAACGAGCAAUGCCUUGUUGCUCGCUAAAGAUUAUCCUCCGAUUAUGGUGAAAGUAUCGAAGGGUACACCGAAUGGUGGUAGUACGUUCGAUCAGACGAAGAGCGAAGCGGAUUCCAAAAAUAACCAAAAAAGAUUGAAAACAAGUAACGACAACACAGACACCUGGUCGGAGGAUUCUCUCAAUGAUAUUUCGAGAGGGCCUAAAGAACGUCCCGUCAGCCAUGUGUCCGACGAAGGAGGGGAUUUAUUGGUCAGUCUGACUUCCGCCUUUGACAAGAAACUCAAAUCUCUUUUGAUACCCAGCGACUCGGCCACCUCCUGCUCAGCCACCUCCGAUGUUGUGGACGACAAACAGUCGCAACAGAAAUCCUCCAAGUCUGAGGAUGAGCAAACCGAUGUACAGACGUACAGAGAUCCAAGUUUGCAUAGGUCAUUGGAAAGGCGUAGCCAGCACAUUACUGAAAAACACGAAACUGAAACCAUGAAAGAUUCGGCUAGUGAAAGUGUAAAGAAUUCUCCGAAAACUGAAUCGCCGAGCUCGAACCGUCUUGAUUGUCUGCAGGAUUUUAACGCUAGUUCCAAUGUGCGCCUGCGUCGUUCUGAAUCCCUUAAACAAAAAGAGAAUCGUCCGGACUAUAGUAACCACGUGAAAUUGCGCCGUUGUGAGUCGUUGAACAAACACGAGAGGUACACACCCAAGUAUACCAAGUUCGAAGUAAUGAUGUUGACAAAAAACGGUGACGCGUCUAAGCAUCGACGGUCGGAUUCGCUUAGCAAGACGGAAAAGACCGAAUGCAACAUGAACAAGCGCAAGCAGGGCCUGUCCAGGCGGUGUAGUUCGUUGCGGGACAAGGAGGCCCGUCAGAAGAGGAAAAACGGAGUCGCUACUGAUCGCAGUAUCAAGAGGAGGCACACGGUGGGGGGCACCAAAGACUUUGAUAAAAUCACUUGGCUGGAUAACAAGGAAAAAGAGGAACUAGACAAGUGCGGCCGUAAGGAGCAGCAGCUCCGGACCAGCUCUCCGGACCUGAGUUGGGAGCGCGUCGUGGGCGGCCUCAAGGAGACGGGCAUACGACCCAGGAGCGUAGCCACAGACCCGAACUACGUUUCCAAGCUUCUCAACGUACCGCUCGAGUCACACGUCUGACAAUGAUUUUUUUUUUUUUUUUACUUUUUUUAUUUGAUCUCAUUUGUACUAUCGCUUUAAAAAGAGAAGUGCUCAUCGAUUCCCCCUACCCUCAUCCCCUCCCCAAUAUAUUUUGAAUAAAACGUGUAAUUGUGCUCAUUCCCUGUUUAUCUCAUUUCUAGUUUGUUGUCAAUUACCCUGUUGUUAGACUUCAAAAAAAAAAAUAAUACUAAAAAUACCAACAGAAAAUAAGGAAUUUGUAUUAAUAUAAUUUUUAAUUUGGUUGACGUCGUUUAUUAUGGUCGUGACGAGCUGUACAGUUGACAUUUGUUUUUUUUUUUAAUAUAUUUAUAUAAAUAAGAUAUAUUAUAUAAAAAAUACCGUUUAGACGUGUAUGUUAUAUAUUAUAAUUUGAAAAUACUUUUUUUUUUGUUUUUUGAGAAAAAUCAACGGUGCAAUAAAAUUUUGUGACUACGUAAACGUAGCAAUAUUGUAAAAAGAUGAAAAAGUUUUUAUUACUACUAUUAUAAUAUUAUAUUGUAUUUUUUUUUUCUAUUAUUUGUCACGUUACCACGUUACACUGACAUAUUAUGUUCUAUGAAGUAUUUUACAAUUAAUUUUUCACACGAAAACUAUCACAUUAUUAUUUAUUAUUAUUAUUAUUAUAAUUUUAGCUUAAGUACAUUUUUUCACACCAAGAGCAUUUAUAAAUUCCUUAACAUAUUUAACGACGCUCUGUUAUAUUAAAUAUAUAUUUUUUUCCUUAAAACCAACACCACCGUUAAAACAUUUAAAUUAAAUAAAACUU